AUGCACUUCUUCAUCGCAGGCGGCAGCGGCCAGACAGGCAGCCAAGUCAUCGACAACAUCCUGCAACAAGAUCAAGGCCACACCGUGACAGCCCUCGUCCGCAACCCAUCCAGCAUCACAUCCCGUUCCGGCCUAAGUCUCGUGCAAGGCACACCUUCCAAUAUCGAGGACAUCCGAAAAGCAUUAGCGACACCUCGCGCGCCGGACGCGGUUAUAAUAACACUUGCACACGUCAAGGGUGCCGUAUUCGAUGAGCAGGGAACGCCGUUCUUGACGCAUGUCGCGAGAAACAUUGCUCAAGCUCUGAAAGAAUCGGCUGUGGAGAGGACGAAGGUGGUAUACAUGUCUGCGAUGGGGGUAGGGAAGUCGUUUUCCAAUCUCAAUUUCUUGAUGAGAGGGCUUGUGAAAGUGACGCCUUUGGCGAAGCAGUUUAUCGACCACAAAGGGGCGGAGGAUACUUUACUGGCGCUCGCUAGAAACGGGAGAAACAAUGGGAGUAAGAUCGUAGCGACGAUCGUUAGACCGGUCAUGUUGACGAACACUGCUGCGGAAGAAGUGGAAUGGCUGGGGGAGGAUGGCGAGAAGGCUGUCAGCUUCAUGCCGAAAGUGUCAAGGGCGAGUGUGGCAAGAUUUAUGGUUGAUGCGGCGGUGGGGACGAAAUGGGAUGAUAAGGUCACUGUUAUUGCUAAUGUUAGUGCGUGA